GCUCAGCAGGUGGCGCCACUUGCUGACAAAAGCGGAAGUGACCAAACAUCGAAACUUGUUCGCUUCUCCACGUGUGUGAGAGCAGAGCAGAGCAGAGCAGAGCAGUCACAUUUGCAGGUCCGCAACUCCACGAUGAAACGACCAAAGUUAAAGAAAGCAAGUAAGCGGAUGUCAUGUUCCAAACGUUAUAAAAUACAGAAAAAGGUCCGGGAGCACAACAGAAAGUUAAGAAAAGAGGCAAAGAAGAAGGGAGUGAGUAAACGUCCGAAGAAGGACCCCGGUGUGCCUAGCAGUGCUCCCUUCAAGGAGGAGAUCCUGAGGGAGGCAGAGCAGAGGAGGCAGCAGAUUGAAGAAGAAAAACAGAGAAAGAGACAAGCUAAAAAGGAGGAGCGGGCCCAGAAAAGGAAAAGGGAAAAAGAGCCUGCAAGUAAAGAAACAGAACCCAAGGUCAAGAGGGUUCGACAGGAUGAGGAUACAGCGAAACAGACGACCCCAAACAAGAACUCAAAACAGUACCUCUGCUCCGAAUUAAACAAGGUAAUUGAUGCAUCGGAUGUAGUGAUAGAAGUCCUCGAUGCACGGGAUCCUCUGGGGUACAGGUGUCCACAGCUGGAGGAGGCGGUGCUGCGAAGAGAAGGCAACAAGAAGCUGCUUCUGGUUCUUAACAAAAUAGAUCUGGUACCAAAGGAAAAUGUGGAGAGGUGGAUCCAGUGUUUGCAACAGGAGUUUCCAGUGGUGGCAUUUAAAGCAUCAACCCAAAUCAAGGACAAAACAGUGCAAGCCAAGAAGAGCAGGAUAGUUGCCUCCAAUGAAGUCCUGGAUAAAUCGAGAGGAGCAGCCUGCUUUGGAAACACUUUACUCACUGAGCUCCUCACAAGUCUGGCUGCCAGUAAACAGAAUGAAACAUCACUUAGAGUGGGUGUAGUUGGUUUUCCUAAUGUGGGGAAGAGCAGUCUCAUCAACAGUUUAAAGGGGGUCCUUGCGUGCAAUGCUGGUGUCAAGAGAGGCAUCACAAAAUCAAUGCAGGAAGUGCACAUCUUGAAGAAUGUGAAGCUAAUAGACAGCCCGGGAGUCAUAGCCUCAUCGUCCAACCCACCAGCCGCAAUGGCUCUGAGGAGUCUGCAGGUGGAGGAAGGCCAGGAGAGUGUGCUGGAGGCUGUCAGGACUCUGCUCAAACAGUGUGACAAGACUCAGAUCAUGCUUCAGUAUACUGUCCCUGACUUCAGGAACUCUCUGGAGUUUUUAAGCUUGUUUGCCAAAAAGCGUGGAUAUCUGCAGAAAGGGGGAAUCCCCAACACAGAGCAGGCAGCCACAGCGUUCCUUGCCGAUUGGACAGGAGCCAAGAUGAGUUAUCACUGUAAGGCACAGGAGAACCGCAGCCUGCCCGCCUACAUGUCCGAUGCUGUGGUUGCUGAGAUGAAGAAUGGCUGGGAUCUAAACCAACUGCAAAGGGGCAACGAGGAAACACUGAAAGGUAUUAAAUUCCCAAACCAGGCCAGCAGUAUCAGCAUUAUCUCCAAAGGCCCGACUGCUGGUCUGCUGAAUGUCAGCGACAUCUCCGAAGAUAAACCUGGCGCUGCGGCCACAGAGACAGAAGCAGAGCAGAAUGAUGAGAAUAAUAAGCCUGAACAAACCACUGAGGAGGCAAAUGAAACGGUAGAACCAGAGAAACAAAAGGAGCCACUCAAAAAACAACCAGGCCGUGUGCAGUUCCAGUCUGUCCCCAUUGACACCAGCCUCUCUACAGAUGCCUAUGACUUCAACACAGAUUUUAAAUGAGCUUUGCCUUCACACUGUUUAUGAUUAUGUGCCUAUGCUCAUGUGGUCUGGUUGACAUGCAGUCCUGGAUCUGUCAGCAUACACGAACAUGCUGUCAGAAAAAUGUUGAUUCAGUUUGAAGGCACUGCCUAGUUGAGUUAUUUCAGGCUGCUCCUUGGCGUUAUUAACCUGGGAGACAGCGUCCAGGCAAGAAGUAACUUCCCAUCCUAGACUACAUUUUUCAGUCGAUGGCUACAUUGAACUUUAUAUUGCUAGGACUAAUCCCUUCCAAGGAGAUGGAUUUAUCUAUUAAGUGGUUAUGUAUGUGUAUAUAUCCACUGAUGGCCGUUUUAAAUGUCCUGAGGUCAUUUGUAAUUUUGUGUUUAUGCAGAAUACUGUAAAUAGACAACAUACUAUACAUGUAAUAAACCCUCUACAAAGUC